AUGGCCCGCCGACAUACUACUUCGUCGUCGCUCCUCUACCCAUCGGGUCGCUCUUUGCCCGCCCAGAUUCAGCUGCCGGCAUGGGAGACACUACACCCCAUGCAGACCUACCUUGCACCGGCUUCGCACUUUGCGCCUUUCAAUCCAGGUCUGCCGAGCACCUCCCCUUUUGCCAUGCCGAUCCGCUCCGUCCACAAUCAGGCGCAUAUAUCUACCGCUGCCGGUCCGAGUAACCCCUCCACCAGUCUUCAGUUUCCGUUUCUCUUCACAAGCAGUCAAGACUACGACCAUGCUAUUAAUGCCUGCAACCGGGAGAUCAAUCACUGGACCCGUCAACGCGCAUAUAUCGAGCAACUUCGCUCUAGGCCGGUCCCUAGCGCGUUGGCGAGGGUUUCCAACUCUGGGCCGCAUGCUCAUCAAUUGAAGUACCCCGGUGACCCGUUCCUCAAUGUAUGCCCGCCUGCGCCCAGGUUCAAUUCAAAUGUGCCCCUGCCAAACGUCGGGAUUGAACACGAGGUCCCCCUGCAUCCAGAUGAAGCACGCGUCGAUGGACUCCACCUGAACGGCGUCAUACUGAAACCUCCUGGCAAGGUCGUCAGUGUUGAGCAGCUCAAUCUUGGCAUUGCGAAGACACCGUCUUCGAUCGAGUCGAAAUCUGGCGCAACCGACGCCAGUGCUACGCCUACUUCUGCCGUACAUGCGUCUGCUCGUGAUUCUCAGGUGACGACUCCUCCCAUGCGGGUCAUAACUGGACAAGAUGUUGUUGUGCUUAAUGGGCUUAUGAAACUUCACAGUCGUUCUACGUCUGCUUCAACCGUCACCCAUGAUGAUCAUGCCUCUAACACGUCUAGAAGCCUCGGAUUUGGAAGUAAUGCAAUAAUGAACGACCUCACGAUUCGGACCACUGACCUCACUAUGGAAUCCGACGGCGACGACUGUGAGGCGGCCACGCCCGGACUCGUGCAUAGUCCUUCUGAUGGAACAGGAAAUCUUUCUCAGUCAUCCACUAUGUCGUCGCUGCCUUCUGUGCUGGCUCCCCCCAUGCCAGAUUCCCCGUCUCUCGUGAGUAGUGCGACGGCACCUUUUACCGACAAAAAGAACAUGCCCGUGCGUGGUCGAAUCCCUCUGACUCUCGACCUCUCCAACGAUAACCGCGUCGCAUUUCGCACCGACCUCCCCCUCAAGUUCGACAACUUCCCGCCGGACGGGUAUCCUAUUUUAGGUGGGGAGAACAGAGAACCUAUCGGCUGGUCUGCUGGUCCCACGCCAGUCAUGGAAUCCCUCGGCAGAUGUAUCAGGCGAGGAGACGCAGCUCCUGUCGCAAACAAAGAAAACGCUAAACGCGUGAAGUUUAAGACUUGUUCCAAGGACGAUUUCGAAGCGAACGAAUCUGACAAUGAAACCGAUGAUGAGUGUGAAGAUAAGACCAAGGAGCCGUCCGCAAAAGGCAAAGGCAGUUCCAAGCCAAAGCUCGCUCCGAAAGCGCUCUUGAGCCCCCGGCGGGCAAUGAAGGCAGCUAAGAAAGCUAGAAUUGAGGAUCGCGACGAUUGACUUCCUUCCACGCUCUGAUCAUCGUUACCUUUAUGAGAUUCCAGUUCAUAUUUCCGUCUUUAUGCUCAUGCACACCAUGCUCAAAGCCGAACUCCUGUCUAUUCCGCCCUCCUAGUGUUGUGUUUCAGAUAUAAAGCCGUAUUUUCUCUUGUUCCUUGCUUGAUGUCUCUUUUUGCUCAUUGAAAUGUUUCGAUCCUCAUGGGAGCUGAAUCGCUCGUUGUAGAUGAUGCUAGAUCAAAACUCAAAGCCAAUGUUGAUAUGCC